AUGAUCAAAGAAGUUGGGAGUGUGAAAGGAGUGAUGAAAGAGCCAAAGAAAAAGUUGUUGGUGACAGUGAAUGUUCUUGGAAGUGUUGGUCCUAUAAGGUUUUUAGCUAAUGAAGACGAUAAAAUUUCAAGUGUCAUUAACACAGCUUUGAAAGCAUAUGCUCGUCAAGGGAGGUUCCCGGUUCUAGGGUUCGAUGUCGAUAGCUUCAGUUUCUACUCCAUUAAUGCCAGAUUCAACAGUUUGAAUCCACAAGAGAAGAUAGGUUCGAUGGAUGUAACGAAUUUCUUGCUGUGCAAAAAAGAGCCAAAGAAACUCGAAAAGGUCGAAGGAAAAAGAGAGAGUAAAGCUCGGGGAGGCCAUGGAUGGAAAACUCGUCUCCUUAAGUCCUUAUUAAGAUACAAGUUGUAA